AUCCAGAUUUGUAUUCCUCAUUCGAAGAAUCUGAAAAAGAGAAAUGGCCAGUAACAGGGUCCACGCUACUUUACCUGAUCCCCCCAGUCUAAGUGAAGAGGAGAACAAAGAAGAAGAGAAGGUUUUUGGGAAUAUCUUCACUGAGUUAGAAUCUGUGGACCUGCCCCUAGGAACCACCUUAAGGUCUAUUUACGAUGACCAGCCCAACGCCCACAAGCGCUUCAUGGAAAAGCUGGAUGCCCGGAUAAGGAACCAUGACCGUGAGAUUGAGAAGAUGUGCAAUUUCCACCACCAAGGCUUCGUAGACGCUAUCACAGAGCUGCUCAAAGUCCGCGCUGAUGCUGAGAAGCUGAUGGGUCAGGUGACGGACACUAAUCGAAGAUUACAGGAGGCUGGGAGGGAGGUGACCGCUCAGACAGAGGAGGUGAUUCGCUGCCGCAUCCAGCAGAGGAACAUGGCCACCACCGUGGAGAAGCUGCAGCUCUGUAUACCAGUGCUAGAAAUGUACAGCAAACUAAAGGAGCAGCUGGAGUCCAAAAGGUACUAUGCUGCGUUGAAAACCAUGGAACAGCUGGAGAAGGUCUUCAUCCCAAGGGUAAGCCAGUACAGGUUCUGUCAGAUCAUGGCUGAAAACCUGCCCAGACUGAGGGAAGAGAUCAAGGAGAUCUCCAUGUCGGACCUCAAGGACUUCCUGGAGAGCAUCAGAAAACACUCGGACAAGGUUGGAGAGACUGCCAUGAGACAGGCCCAGCAGCACAGGACCUUUAACAGCGCAGUAGCCAAGCAGGCCAGUACGGGUCAUUACACCAAGCCUGUGUACACCCUCAACGGACGAGCACACACUCACAACGGCCUGAUGAUGGAUGAGGACACAGGAGAUGAGGAUGAAGGAGAUGAAGAGAUUCUUCAUGCUCAGGAUCUAGUGGACUUCUCACCUGUCUACAGGUGUUUACACAUUUACACAGUGCUGGGUGACCGAGAAACAUUUGAGAACUACUACAGGAAGCAGAGGAAAAAACAGGCCCGGCUAGUCCUGCAGCCACAGGCUAACAUGCAUGAGACAGUGGAAGGCUACAGAAGAUACUUCAAUCAGAUUGUGGGGUUCUUUGUUGUGGAGGACCAUAUCCUUCAUGCCACGCAGGGGCUGGUGACCAGAGCUUUCACUGAUGAAGUGUGGAACAUGGCCCUGUCCAAGAUCAUCGCCGUGCUCCGCACACACUCUUCGUACUGUGAUGACCCAGACCUGGUCCUGGAGCUGAAGAACCUCAUAGUCAUCUUUGCUGACACACUACAGGGUUAUGGAUUUCCAGUGAACCGGCUGUUUGACCUGCUGUUUGAGGUCAGAGACCAGUACAAUGAAACUCUACUGAAGAAGUGGGCUCUGGUUUUCAGAGAGAUUUUUGAGUCGGACAACUACAGUCCCAUCCCUGUGGAGACAGAGGAGGAGUAUAAACUGGUUGUCAGCCGCUUUCCCUUCCAUGAUGCUGAGAUAGAGAAGCAGGACUUUCCAAAGAAGCUGCCAAUGUCCCAGUCUGUCCCUCAGAUCUACACACAGGUCAAAGAGUUAAUCUACGCCAGCCUCAAGUUCUCUGAGUCUCUACACCGGAGUUCAACAGAGAUUGAUGACAUGUUGCGUAAAUCCACCAACCUGCUGCUGACGAGAACACUCAGCAGCUGUCUGCAGAACCUCAUCAAGAAGCCUCACAUAGGACUAACCGAGCUUGUGCAGAUCAUCAUCAACACCACCCAUCUGGAGCAGGCCUGCAAGUAUCUGGAGGAGUUUAUAACCAACAUCACCAACGUCUCCCCUGAAACGGUUCACACCACAAGACUCUAUGGCUUGUCCACGUUCAAGGAUGCUCGUCAUGCUGCAGAGGGAGAGAUUUAUACCAAACUCAACCAGAAGAUCGAUGAGUUCAUCCAGUUAGCGGACUAUGAAUGGGGGAUGGCUGAGUCGGACGGGCGAGCCUCAGGAUACCUCAUGGACCUGAUCAACUUCCUGCGCUCCACUUUCCAGGUCUUCACUCACCUCCCGAAUAACAACAAUGACCAUGCAUCGAUGUCGGGUAAAGUGGCCCAGACGGCGUGUAUGUCAGCCUGCAAGCAUCUGUCCACAUCCCUGAUGCAGAUGCUGCUGGACACGGAACUCAAGCAGAUCAGCAUGGGGGCCAUUCAGCAGUUCAACCUGGAUGUCAUUCAGUGUGAAUUGUUUGCCAGCUCAGAGCCGGUUCCUGGCUUCCAAGGAGACACACUGCAGCUGGCCUUCAUCGACCUACGACAGCUCCUGGAUCUGUUCAUGGUGUGGGACUGGUCAACUUACCUGGCAGACUACGGCCAACCGACCUCCAAAUACCUGAGGGUGAACCCAGCUACUGCCCUGGCUCUGCUGGAGAAGAUGAAGGACACCAGUAAGAAGAACAACAUCUUCUCUCAGUUCAGGAAGAACGACAGAGACAAACAGAAGCUGAUAGAGACUGUGGUCAAACAGCUGAGGAGCCUGGUCAACGGCAUGUCCUCCUAAACACACACACACACACAUACGCACACACGCACACACACACACACACACACACACACACACACACACACACACACACAGGAGUGACAUGCAUGCAGUCACAUGCACACACUGAACUGCCAAGACACUCAGAAGAACGAGAUUUUGGCAUAUGUAAUGAAUUAAUACCACACAAUACACACUUACAGACACACAAAAGGGACAGAUAGGCCGCUUACAUACACACACUUCAUGAAGGCACAGCAAUACACAUGCUGGACAAGGCAUGCAGGGAACAGACUUCCAGCAAAUGCAACACACACACACACACACACACACACACACACACACACACACACACACACACACACACACACACACACACACACACACACACACACACACACACACACACACACUCCUAACUGUUAUACAUCACUGAAUACUCAAUGUAAAUAACACACAUGCUUCACGUUUGACUGAACAGUAAUAUAUGUAAAUUAUUUGUAAUGGCUAUGAUAAGACAAACUAUGUUUUGUACCUUUAAUGAGAGAGAGAGAUGAUUGUAGCUGCAGAGAGAGGCUGCUAGAGAGAGGAAGUGACAUCACAGAGUACCGGGACAUUGGAGCUGAAAGGGUCCACACUUUUCUCCACAGAUGAGAGGGGAUACACGUUCCAGGAAGGUUCUCAGUCAACAUUCUUAGACACAUUCAGAAUAACAAAAUAAUUGUUGAUCUACAGAAAUCUGGAUAUCAGUACACUACAUUUUAUAUACAAAUAUAUACAGCUCAGGAAAAUUAAGAGAGAGCGACAACUCCAAAUGUUUCUUAAAUCUUUAUCUCUACAUGUAUGGCAGCCAGUCCAGUGUCUGUUGAAUUCCAACACAGAGAAAUGUUGUCAGUAGUUUAAAGAAUACAAUAAUAAAAAUGUCUAUAAAUAAUCAGACCAGAGUAAAUGAUAAUGCAGCAGUGGUCUCGUUAUUUUUUCCGGAGCUGUAUAUACUGUAUAUAUAAAUAAUAUUCCCCUCCACUUUUAAACAAUAACUAAAUACAAUUAUUUUUAAAAAAUAAUUAACUGUAACCCACAAACUUAAACGCACGCUGUCUUUUGAUCUGCGUCCUAAAGAAGCUUUAUGUUGAUAUAUAAUAAAGAGUUUAAUUAAUACCAUUUCUGUAAUCAAACGAUUUAGUUUCGGAGGCAGUGUAAAUACACAUUAAGGUUUGAAGUCUGCCAGUCAGCCAUAAAACACUAGCUGCUUUAAAGAAAACUUCCAAAGGUUGACUCCAAAGAGCAUUCUUAUCUGUGGCUGUUUCUCUUAUAGCUGUGUGGAUAUUGACAAUGACCUCAAACCAACCUCCUUACAACACCUGGAACAACCAAACAGAGAAAGAAGACCCAAGUUCAGCUCAUUGUCCUGAAACUGUAUAACUGUGUGUGUUUGCAUGCACGUGUGUGCGUGUGCGUGUGCGUGUGUGUGUGUGCUGCUGAGCUCAUGGAUGGAUGAAGGAAUAGAUUAAUGGAUGAUGACGUCUUGAUAGACUGAUGUUCAUGACAAAAAGGGAAGUAAUGUUGAACUCCUCGGUGGCUUUGCUUGCUGUUUGUCUUUCUUUAGUCCUAAUAUUGAAACUGUAAACCAACGUCCUGACACAGUGUUUGAUCACAGCACAUGGGAGAGAGCUGCAAUGUGGGGUGGAAACAUCUGGGUUUGGUCAGUAAAGUCUCCAAGGAGCUGCUGAAGGUUGUUUCAUGGUAGAAAAAACACAAUAAGGAGGGUUUGCAUGAGGUGUACAACAUCUGGUACUAACAUGCACUCAGUAUCUGGAUGUUUGGUGUAGAUGCAAAGCAAUAGGAAUGUGAUUGGAUCAGAUCUCAGCCAGGUGUCAACGCUUCAGGUAAUAAUACCAAAGAAAUCAGAUGGAUAGCAAGCUGAAGUUUUUAGGUGGCAGCAUUAAUAAAGGAGUGGAGAUAAUGGCAUCACAUAAAAACGCAUUGGUGUACUCAUAGCACUGCGGUCGUUUUAAAUCCUCCUUUAUAUCUUUUAUGACCUCAUACCAUUUGUGCGUGGUUAGACAACCACUUUUACCUUGUGUGUCAAAACUGUUCCUCAAGACUUUCAAGUUGUUUCCAGUUGUAAUCAUGUCCGACAGUUCCACCUACCUAAUUUGCAUAUUGAGAAGUGAUGACGAUUGAAGAAUCCUGGGCUGUGGUCGAAAAGUAAAAAUCAUUUCUUAACCAAUGUUCCUUAGCCUCAAUGAAAAAGUGAUUUGCUUUUAUGGACACUUUAAAUGUGUCUGCAAGGAAUUAUGAGACAUCAAUACUCAAGGUUCAAGGGUUUUUAUUGUCAGAUUCACAUGAGCUACAGUGUAGUUAUGGCAGUGAAAAUCUUAGGUCCCAGUUUGUCAUAUUUCCAAGGACAUAUGACAAACUAAUAAAAUAAACCUACUAAAAAAAGUGUAAGAGUUGGAUGGGAGCUAGACACAUGGCAGCCACCCACGGCGCCAUCUUCUUUACAUUAUCUACUUACCUUUUGUAUCCUGAGCUAAUAAAGGAAACAUUGAAGCUCCUCUCAUCUGGAGAAUUUAAACAGCUGUUAUCAUGGCUGACACAUUGGUUCUUCUAGGUUAGACGAGAUAAGAACAUCUCUUGACAGCAGGUGAGAUUCACAGGUCUGAUCAGAUGUCCUUAUCCAGAUACAGAGCACAUGUCACUACCAGGUGGAGACGACUGUAAACUCCCCGACAGUUCAACAUCUACACACCAGCUGUGUCAUGGUUAAAUCUGACGAGUGUGUCCAAGGUGACAGGGCCUCCCUCUGUGAAGCCUAAGCGGUUGAGGACAAUAUUUAUGUUAUGUUGACUGUCUUUCAAUUAACUCAAACUACUUGAUUCAUGCUUACAAGAAAAACAACUGGUGAUUUUAUAUACACAAAUAUAUUUAACAGUUUUAUUCUAAAUCCUUUCUUUUUGUUCCUCAGGGUGAAAUGAAACUUAAGAAUCCCAAAACUCACCGAUAUUCACAAAGCACAGCAAUAAUGAAUUGGUCGAUGCUCAUCUCAAACAUGAAAAGGUUUUAUAAUAAGACUGUUUCUAUUCCGUUUAUGUUUUGGCUCUGCUCCACUUUCAGAAGGCAUUUUUGCACUGAAACUGACUGAAGUUUAUUUCCUUUUAGAUACAUUUCUUUGCCUUUUUUAAAAUGUUUCUUGUAAAUGCCAAUGUAUAUACUGCAUAUUUUGUAAAGAAAAUAUGACGGCUGUUUGUGUGCUGCCAACAGAACUGGAAGUGAUAUGCUCCUCCAGCGACACCUGAAGUAAAUAUGUAAUUAAAUAGAGUUUGAAACUGCGUGUGUCGCUUACAUGGUUAACAGAGUACCUUGUGAGGAGCUCAGUGGCUUCUGUUGGUACCUUCUCUCCACAUUUGCAUGGAUAAGAUAUGAAAAAUAAGAUGAUUUAUUAUGUUAUAUCUGGAUAACAUUUCAUAUCUAAUACAUAAUACAAGAUUUCUGCAUCAUUUCACAUUCAGUAACACCCAGUUAUGUUAGCUAACAUUGUUUGAUUGACAUUUCCUCUUUAUCUUAAUAGGAAACUUCCGGGCAGAAUCACUUUCCAUUAAAAAACAGAUUUGUUGUUGCAAACGAGUUGUAUAUAAAUGUAAUGGGGUUGUAAAAAGUGGUACAAUAUACUAUGAAAACCAAGGAAUUAAAAAUAAAAGUGUGUUAAUAUAAUGUAUAAUGUGAGAGAAUAAAAGUGUCUGUGAAUGUAAUGGAUCCAGAUCCAACACAAAUCUCCAUACUGAAGGAUCCUUUGAUCUGGAGCUGUAAUGGCACAACUCAAGACUUUACACAACACUGCUUGAAUGCCAAUGAUUAUUUCAGUAGGAACAUAAAGUGUGCGAUAGUUUUUCUUUCCUUCCACAGAGGUGGAGAGAGGGUACAUUUUGAUAUCCAAAGGAAUCCUUGCUUUACCUUUGUCCUUGAUCUCAGUGAGGAGCCCUGAAGGGGGUUUCCUUCAUGUGAUGUUUUUAUUUUGUGUGCUGUAAUAAAAGGUUCAACAGUAA